AUUGUUAUUCGAAUAAAUUCAUUCUUUAAACAAAUAAAUCGCUUCAACGUUUGCGAUACAUUCCAAUAUCACUAUCAUGCACUUUUUAUCUUUCAAGCUUAUUCAGUAAGCAAGUUUUAUUACGUCGUCCUACAUUGUUUUGUACAUUUCGCCACAUCCUAUCACUGUCCGGGAAAUUUAAGUUAGUGUGCAGCUUGCUAGGCAGCACGCUGAAAUUUUUCAAAAAAACAGAUAAAACCUUAAAAAAAUCAUAAAAACAUAGAAAACCACAAAAAUAUGGCUGUUAGUGCAGCGAGUCAAGGGUUGAUGAAUUCAUCACUAUAUGUAGGAGAUCUACACCCAAGAGUUUCUGAUUCCGCGUUGCAAGCUAAAUUUUCUGAAAUCGGUCCAGUCCUUAGUGCUCGUGUUUGCCGCGAUCUAGCCACUCGUCAUUCUCUCGGGUAUGGAUAUGUUAAUUUCGAAGAUCCAAAGCAUGCUGAACAAGCGCUGGAAGUCUUGAAUUAUGAGUCACUAAUGGGACGCCCUAUCAGAAUUAUGUGGUCACAGAGAGAUCCAUCUUUGAGGAAAUCUGGGAAAGGAAACAUAUUUAUCAAAAACCUGGAUAAAUCCAUUGAACAGAAGGAAUUGUAUGACACUUUUAGCUUUUUCGGUCGAAUCUUAUCGUGCAAAAUUGUUAUGGACGAAAACGGACAGUCCAAAGGCUAUGGUUUUGUACAUUUCGAGAAGGAAGAGUGUGCCGAACGUGCCAUUGAAAAGAUUAACAAUAUGAUUAUUCGAGAUCGUGUUGUUUAUGUUGGCAAGUUUAUUCCCAAAACAGAACGUAAAUCUCAAGCUCGAAAAGUUAAAUUCAAUAACCUCUAUAUCAAAAACUUCCCACCGGAAACCGAUAACGAAAAGCUAAAAGAAAUGUUUUCUGAGUUUGGAGAAAUCAAGAGUGCUUGUGUCAUGAAAGAUAGCGAAGGGAAAUCAAAAGGGUUCGGAUUUGUGUGUUUCUUAGAUCCUGACCACGCCGAAAAUGCGGUCAAGACUAUGCAUGGUAAAGAGAUAGAGGGAAGAGCUCUGUACUGUGCUCGUGCUCAACGCAAAGAAGAACGACAAGAGGAACUAAAGCAGAGACUUGAAAAACAAAGGGCCGAACGUCAGUCCAGCUAUAUGUUGAACGUCAAUUUAUAUGUCAAGAACUUGGAUGAUAAUAUCGAUGAUAAACGACUAGAGGAGGCUUUUAGUGUUCAUGGUUCUAUUACUAGUGCCAAGGUUAUGAAAGAUGCAAAUAAUCGAUCCAAAGGUUUUGGAUUUGUUUGUUUUGCGAACCCUGAACAAGCGGCCAGGGCAGUAACUGAUAUGAACGGAACAAUCAUAGGUUCCAAGCCUCUAUAUGUUGCACUAGCUCAGAGGAAAGAAGAUCGUCGGGCAAAGUUAAUUGAAGAACAUCAGCAGCGAAUGGCUCAAUACCGGAAUCCAGUCGCCUCAAUGAUUCCAGCAGUUCCUGGCCACGCAGCACCUCAUAGCUUCUUCCCUCCUGCCUUCCAGCAGACCCAACGGUUUUAUCACCCUUCGGGCGCUGUCCUUAGUUCGCAGCCUCGUUGGAAUCGAGCGGCCGGGAUACCCGCACAAAUUGGUGGCCUUCCAAACAGACCGCCUGUUGCUGGAUACUAUCCUAGUGCGCCCAAUCCUGCUGCUAUUACAGCUAACCAAAUGGCUUCUUUCGCUCAAUUCCGCACACCAGGUGUCAACAGACCAAUGGUACCCAACGGCAUGUCAUCCAUACCCUCAACUCACUUACAAACUGCAGCUGUUUUCAACCAGACCGCCAAUCAACAGAGACAACAAGCAUCUGGGAGACAGGGUGUAAUUGUUCCUCAAGUGCUUGGGGCUACAGCUGGUGGUUUGAAUCAACGUCCAACUGCAGCUUCAGUAGUUGCAGGUCCACCGUCAGCCAAUCCUGCCAUGCGACAACAGGUAGCCUCGCAAGUUCCAAGAGCCGUAAUGCAUUCCGGUAUGUCAAAUAUAACCAGUACAGCAACAAAUGUUAGGUUCCAUCAGACAGCCCGCAAUGUCUCAGCUCAGCCUACGCUCGUUCCAGCUGGAAGUAUGUCUACACUCUUACAACCCCUUGGCGAUCAAGGGCAACUAACAAUAAGUGCAUUGGCUCAGUUGUCAGAAGAGGACCAGAAAAGAACGCUCGGGGAACAUCUUUAUCCACGUAUCAAGGCAAUGUAUCCUAACUUGGCCAACAAGCUUACGGGAAUGCUUUUGGGAGUAGAUAACGCAGAGGUUAUAAAUCUUUUAGAAUCUGAAGAACUGCUACGCGCUAAGUGUGAAGAAGGCAUUAAUGUACUGAGAAGCAGUCAAAAUCAACAAGGUGACAUUGCAGAAGGUAGACAUACCUCAACAGGUCAGAAUGGUGAUGGCUCAACUGGGACAGGGUCUAUGAAACCUGAAGAUUCCAAUAACUAAGUCGAGGGUAUCUUCCCAACAACAUUCUUUAUUUAACUUUAUCGUCUGUCAGUCCUAUUACUUUCACUUCAACUGUUAAUUAGGGUGAUUAGUCCUAAAAAAUGUUUUAUUAGUUUGAGGUUUCUCGCUAUUAUACAUGGUGAUCAAUAGUUCUUUGUGUUUGAUGAAUCUACUACACUUGUUUGUUUUCAACUCUUCUUUCUUUCUCAACCGGAUGUUAAUUGACUUUCGUGUUAUUGUUUUUUACCAAGUUUAUUUGAUGUUGAAAUACAGUUUUGGAUAAUAAAUGUAGUCUUAUGAUGUAGUAAGAUCACUGCAGUAUAGCUCGAAUUCGUAACAGGGUCCUUCCUUAACACCUAGAAUAAAGGUUUAUAUCUUUGUAAUAUUUGAUAACCUAUAGGUUUAAAUAUUUUCCCGUCCAGAACUGUACAGUAUAAACCUCAACCGUUGACGUGGUUUCCCUUAGACAACUAGUUUCCUGAAUUGAUGGUUCUCACAAUGGACGAAGAUUUUUCGAGUAAUUUGUCCGUAAAGUAGCGUACAUUGAUCCACAGAUUUCUGUCUCCGGCUAUCAUGGCUUUCGGUGCAUCGGUAAAAUCUAAAAAAGGGAAGAUAUAUUUGUGUUCAGCCUCAGGCGGUUUUGUUCCUCGCUAUCAUACUGCCCGGAUGACCCGUGCUAUUUUGUUUUAGGUCUCAAAGGGAAUUAUCCUUUUAUAAUUUGUGGUCAACCAGGAAGUGAAGACCACCGUCAUACCUCUAAUAGCACUCAAGAUUACUUUUUUCUCAAUUAAGUCACGUUUUGAUCUAGUAUUCCCAUUUUCACUACUAACUUUCGUCUAUCUUCAAAUUCUGUCACGUGUCAUCGAUGAUUAGCUCGGGUUCAACAAAUAACAUUUAUUCUAUGUAGUAUCAUUCGAUAUUGUAAGUAUUUGGUAAUUGGUUUUCUACUUAUUAGAGGUUAUUAUCUACCUGAGCUUAUCUGGUAAAUUAUAAGUAUAGGACGAAACGGCCGUCCAGUGCUUCCAGGUUUUCGAUGGUGGUCUAGCCUCAAUUGACUCAUGAUCUUAACUAUAAAAUUACUAAAUCUCCACAAAAACCCCCUUGUGAUAAUGAUCAUAUGCUCACUAGGGACUGGCUCCUUGAGGUAAUUCCUGGAGUUCUAGUGAGAAGUCGUGGCCAGUGGAGCUAAUCCAUGUCAGAUAGAGACAGGUAUCUACCUCAGUACAUUGGAAGUUGGUUGCGCAAUUUCGUGGAUUGGUUGAGGUUAGACAUAAACACCGUUGGAUGCCAGCUCAGUGGUCUAUCGGUUAAGGGCUCCGGCUCGAGACUGGUAGGUCCUGAGUUCGAAUCUCGCGAGAGCGGGUUCGUGGAUGCGCACUGCUGAGGAGUCCCAUAAUAGGACGAAACGGCCGUCCAGUGCUUCCAGGUUUUCGAUGGUGGUCUAGCCUCAAUUGACUCAUGAUCUUAACUAUAUAAGUAUAGGUUUUACUCGUUGAUAUUCAGGGUUGAAUUUUGACCAUCUUGUGUUGGCAUCUGUUCUUAUAUAGCCGUCAUUCCAAAAGUUAUGUAGAAUAGAUAUGUUGUGGCUAGCAGUCGAAUCUAGAGAGCGCAUUUUGUCCAAUUUGGGAUUCGUUAGCUAGGUUUGUUUACAUGGGGAUGUUAAUAAUCACAUGGUGAUCAGAACACAGUACCUUUAUAUUCAAACCCCCAUUGCAUUAUCUGCUUAGCUAUUGAGCCCAGGUAGGCACUAACAUGUUCAAUGGGAAUGAUGCUUAUAUUAUUAUUCAUAUGAAUCUGAGUUAUCUACUUAUUAAUAUUCGGGUUGUACCAAACUCUUACUGUUAGCGACAAACAUCACACACGUUUGUGGCCGUUUGAAUUCAUUAGUUCAAGCAAAUUUUAUGUAGAAAUCUACAUGAAAGGCCAUUGACUUUCCAGCCCAAUAAUUUCUAUUCGACAGUAAUUUUGUUUAACUAUUGAGGUUAGUGUUUCGAGCGUUAACACAAGACAGAAGCUAUCAAGGACUGUUGUACUAUCUCAUUAUUUUCAGACUGUAACAGUUUUAUUAUUCCCAUUUGACAUGGUGUAUUUUUUUGAUCAGGUUUAUGGAUAGUCAGUGAUCUUUUCAAGUCUACUCAAACUAUGUCCCGUAGACAAAAUUCUGUAUCUAUUUCACCUGAGUAAUUUGUUUUAUUAUAUCCGUGAAUGUUUUUUCUAAUUUCGAUUUAACUUCCCACUCCAUCGCUUGUUGUAGGUCAUAGUUAUUUCGUGUGCCUAUCAUUUAUAAAUGUAAUUUGUUUUAAACGAAUUGUUUCUCAAUCUAUUAUUGUACACGUUUCUAUUUUAAUCAUAUGCUUAUGUGUGUUGAAAUAUAAUCAUUUUAAUCGGC